CAAAAUGUCACCCAAAAUCGGCCUCGUUAUCUGCAGCCAGCGCAAUCCGCGCGUAGGACCACAGAUCGCAGACUUCGUGCACGAGACGAUCACGCAGGCCUUCCCGACGACGGAUCUUUCACUCAUAGAUCUCGCCGUGUGGAACCUUCCACUGUGUAACGAGCCCGGGAUACCAUCACAGAUCAAAUCACCCGAUCAAUACACACACUCCCACACACAGGCGUGGUCGCGAGAAAUCGCCGCCCACGACGCCUUCAUCUUCGUCACUCCGCAAUAUAACUGGGGCUAUCCGGCUAGUGUCAAGAACGCGCUGGAUUAUCUCUACCACGAGUGGACGGGGAAGCCGGCGUUGAUUGUCAGUUAUGGGGGACAUGGCGGUGGGAAGGCGGCGGCGCAGCUGCGUCAGGUUCUACAGGGGUUGCGGAUGACACCGGUCGAAAGGAUGGUUCUUCUGGCUUUUCCGGACAGGGAUGUGCUGAUGAAGGGGGCGGAGGGGGGUGAUUUGGGUUUGACAGGAGAGGGGACGUUUUGGGCUCGUGAGAAGGAGGAUAUCACGGCUGCCUUUGGGGAGUUGCAGCGUGUUAUCAAUAAUGUCUAAGUUGGAGAUUUUACCUAGGCUAUGUGGGAACGACUGCAUGAGCAGGGAAUAAUUAGCACCAGGUGAAAAUGUACUUUUUGUGUACAACAGAA